GUUGAAAUGACUUGUCCCAUUCUUGCAAGCAUGAGUGUAUCCCUACAGUUCUCGAGUAUAAAGAAACCUUUUGAUUCUUACAUUUGAUCCUAUACAGGACAUAAGAGCUAAAGCUUUUUUUCGUUUACUUUUUUUUAAAAUCUGCAUAUCCUUAAAUGUGCAUGCACAGUAAAUGUUCCUGUUCAUUAUACUAAACAUUGUAUGCAGAUCUUUAUCACCAGUCGAGUGUCUAAUGCGCAGUUUGUUAUUGAAAUCCGAUACCAAUAACAAAAAUGGCGUUUUACGGAGUUCUCUGGUGAUAAGUGGUAAUUUUAUGAGGAUAACGUUGACAACUGAGCGGUAAAUAUCAAUCUAUAUGCAGCAGCCUCCACCAAAGGAAACCCAAAUAACCGAUCUGGACCAUCUGGUCCGACUCACACAAUCAGCAAACCUUGCUCUGAAGCAUUGCAAAGUCAUUCGAAAUGGAUAUGACCAUCAUUUCAUAUUACUGGGUCACACUUGGGACAGCCAAUCAUGUCAAAGAAUACAUUUUACUGGGAACUAUCGUACAGCUGUAGCGAUAGGUGGUGUUGGAAGAGUAAAGCGAGACCAAUACUCCAGUGAUGAUAUCAAAGCUGAUAUUGGGAAGGGUCUAAGUUUAAUUGAGAAAGACGACUACCCUAGAGAAGUAGAGGAUAUGGCAAUAGCAUGGAGUAGAUGGCUGAAAAGAGAAGGAGAAAAAAGGUACUACGUUACAUUCAACAACUGCGAGCACCUUGUUUCAUACAUAUUGACAGGGAUUGCGCAUUCAGAGCAGUGGACCUUGGCUACUUUGACACAAAGACUAAAGGGAGAUGUUUUAGAUAUCCUAAUUUGCGAGUGGAAAGAAACUUUAUUUAAAGCUGGGGCAAGUCUUAUCAGUUCUUUGUAUUCGAGGAAACUCACAAGAAUGUCUGUCGUUGAAGUAAGACAAAGAGUGAAUACGAGUUCGAAGACUUGGACUUCAUUCAUUUCAAGAGUCGUCAAGAAAUUUCGCCCAACAUCAAAAGCAGUGACUCCACCAAAUGUUUUUAAUACCUACAUAGAAAGAUUUUGCACAAAAUAUGGAAUCCCGCUCGAACAUGUUGCCCAGCCUGAAAGAUUUCUAUAUGACAUUGCAAUGAAGAUUUUUCUUCUUAGUCUGAAAAUUGUACAACACUCCUUUGCAUUUUCUGUAGGUUUGGAAAUAUGUAGCAUUUACCAAAUGUACAAAGUGUGGUAUGAUAAGAAACAAGACAAUAUAUCGGAAUCUACGUACAAAAGGGAGAUGCUGAAAAGAGUCAUCGGGUCACUGUAUGCCAUACUUGGUACUAGCGUAGGGUGUCUUCUGGGUUUCCUUCUGUCCACAACAGAAUGGAAUAUCACUUUCCUCUUCGGCUUCCUUGGAAAUAUCAUUUUUCGCUUGAUGGCCUCAAUUUCCACUGCUGCUUUGAUUGAUUGGGUACGCUAGCAGAUAAAAGAGUGUUGUAUUGCUAUGUGGAACAAACGGUCGUUCUGUACCACUUCCAAAAAGAACAUUUGAAGCAUAUGUAUCUAUGAUUAAAGAUACAAUGCGAUAAAAAGUCAAAAGAGAUAUAAAAGGUUUUCUAAGAGUAAACUUCACAAAACUUCAAUUCAUUGUUGCGGAAAACCCUAAUUAAAUUCCUUUAAAAAGUUCACUCGAAUGAUCAAGAGAGAGAUCGUGAUGUCAAGUUACGUCCUGACACUGUAUUUUACAUCAUUGAUGUUACUUUAACUGAUAUUUGGGUACAAAUAGUGUUGUCUAAUUACUAUAUAUAUAAUCUCUAUAUUUCAUUUCUUUGGAAUUGUGUGUAUAUCUUUUAGCGAGUUCGUGUACACUAUCAACUAAAUAUGCUUACAUCCUGUGUCUAUUAUUACCGGAUUGAUAACUCAUUACAUGUAUAUAUAUGU